AUGGAAUUAGUCAGGCAACUCGCCGGUCUUUCUGUUUCACAUCUUCGACAAUUUCGCGAUGAUGAUUCUUACAUCGAUCGUCUCAGUCAUCGAUACACCACAACGAUAUGCGUCGUCUUUGCGAUUCUCGUCACAACUAAACAAUACGCUGGUGAUCCAAUCGAUUGUUGGGUACCAGCACAAUUCAAGCCAUCUUAUGAAGCUUAUACUGAUAGUUAUUGUUGGAUUGCUAAUACCUAUUAUAUUCCAAUCGAUCAAGAAUUGCCUGAUGAUGAAGAUGGUCGACGAAAUAAAGAUAUUCUCUAUUAUCAAUGGGUACCAUUUAUCUUACUUUUCCAAGCAUUUCUCUUCUACUUCCCGCGUAUUGUCUGGCGUACACUCAAUGUUCGGUCAGGUCUUGAUGUAAUAAAUCUCGUCGACGCAGCGAUUAAAUACGAACAAGUAGAACAGUACGAAUCGCGAGAUCGUAUAAUGAGUUAUUUAAUCAUCAACAUCGAACGGUAUCUAUCUGCUCGUGCCCAAUUAACGCGUCGGCAUAUUGAUAAACAACUCUCACGUUUUCGUCGCUUGUGUCGAGUUUUCUUCUUUUGUUCCAAUCGAUAUUAUGGGAACUAUCUUGUUAUUAUUUAUUUUCUCGUCAAAUUAAUGUGGCUUGUCAACGCUCUAGCACAAUUAUUUUUAUUAAAUGCUUUCCUCGGUAACGAAUAUUAUCUCUUCGGGUUUGAGGUGAUCGAAAAAUUAUUUAAAAACCAACGCUGGACUGAAAAUAAACAUUUCCCGAAAGUAACCUAUUGUGAUUUCAAAAUCCGAGAAAUUGGUAUCAAUCAUUUCUAUACCGUUCAAUGUGUCUUACGAAUCAAUUUGUUUAAUGAAGUCAUUUUUAUUAUUCAAUGGUUUUGGCUUAUAUCAAUCAGCGCUGCCACAUUAUAUGAUUUUCUACUAUGGUUGUAUCAGUGUACUAUACCACGCGAAAAAGUUCAGUUCAUCAAACGUCAUCUCGGUAUUAUAUCCUCCUAUAAUCCACAGGAAGAACGUCAACAAACACGUGAAUUUGUCUUACAUUAUCUAAAAGACGAUGGUGUAUUUCUCGCGCGUUUACUUUCAAUAAAUAGUAGCGAUCUUGUGGUUACCGAAAUCAUCAAUAAACUUUGGACGCGUUAUAAGGAUCUCAAUCGGCUUUAUUCGACAGUCAAUUCUCAACGUCAUCAGAAUAAUAUUCCAAUAACGCAAAUAACCAAUGACGAAGCAAAUACGAGUACACCAGGAACGAAUACAAAUUAUCAAAACGGAAAUCCGAAUCAUCGACAUCGACCAGCACGCAUUCCACCACCACUACCACCUCUUGCUACCUAUAUGAAUCAACAACAUCAAACAAAGAAAGAAAAAUCCGACAGCAAAUCAUCGAAAGAUACAGAUGUUUAA